AAAGCCAUUGGAGGAGCGCGUCGUGCUGUACACGGAGAGAGGAGCGCGAGAGCACACACACACACACACACACACACACUCCCGCGGAGAGACGUGCAGAGAGGAACGGAAGCGGCAGUACCGGGUGGAGAGCCCUGUCGGUGUAACCGGUUCCGACCCAGAGUCCGCGGUACCAGAGCUCCAGGACGAUCAGUGUGUAGAGACUCCCGAACCGAGCCCGGAUUAACCCAGGAGAUUUAUUAUAGGGCAUUGGACCUCAGGUGUGUGUGCGCGUCCGCACGCGUGUGUGUGACCAUGGAGGAGUUACUCUGACCCUGGACUUCACCUGCACACACACACACACACACACACACACACACACACACACCUUACAUUGAGUUAUUUAUUAACCUGUGCGGGUUUUGCGGGUGUGUUUGAGUGGCGGUGAGCCCACAGUUCGGUUUGGGAAAUUCAGCCAUGAACUUUAUGGUUUAUUGGACUCAGUUAUUCCUGGCAGCGCUGCUGAACGCCUCGGUUCUCAAGGCGGCUUACAUACCAAAAGACGGAAAAAGCAAGAAUGAAGUGGUAGCGUUUAUGGAGGUGUACAGUAAGAGCAGGUGUAACCCGAGGGAGACGCUGGUGCAGGUACAGGACGAGUAUCCACACGACACACACCUCACCUACCUGCCGUCCUGCGUCGUGCUGCAGCGCUGUGGAGGGUGCUGUAACGACGAGGCGCUCGAGUGUGUCGCCUCACACACACGCAACGUCACACUGGAGUUGUACAGAGUAAAACCAGGUGUAGGAGAACACAAAACUCUACUGAGCUUCACAGAACACACACACUGUCUUUGCAAACCAAAACCAGAAGUUUUGAAGACAGAGAAAGAAUAUCGCUGUCCUCCCUGCACGGAGAGGAAGAAGCACUGGUUUGUGCAGGAUCCUCUCUCCUGCAGGUGCUCCUGUACACUGUCUCAGUCUCAGUGCAGGUCCAGGCAGCUCGAGCUAAACGAGAGAGCCUGCAGAUGUGACAAACCGAGGAGAUGACGAUAACGACGACGACGCUGGUCUCAGACAAGCACUGAAUGAAGGAAUCUUUAAUCUCGGCACUUUUUUAACAUCCUGUGGACCAGACACACUUACACACACUCACACACACACACACACACACACACACACACACACACACACACACACACACACACACACACAGAUAUGAUAAAAACACCAACAGCCCAGCUGUAGGUUUUAAUAAAUUAAUAUAUGAACACACAGUUCUAUACAGAGAGAGAAGACAAUGUGUAAUGCUGCUACAGAGACGAGGGGACGAGUGUCAGUCCUGCACCAUGAGAUGGAGACGGACAGAGGACUCACAGAGAUGUACUGAACCCUGAGUAGACAGGACUUUACUGGACUGAGAGGCUCUCUGAUUGGACGACGAGGAAUGCGACUCCAUCAUCGUGUAAAUAAUAAAGGGAUCUUUACCGUAGACUUCUGUUAAUGUGAUUCCAGUUUUCGACAAGGACAUUUCAUCAUCAUCAUCAUCAUCAUCAUCAAUCAUUCAUUCAUAAUGAAU